AUGUAUAAUGGAAUGAAUAUGUAUCACACCUUGGAGAAUUGGCAAUCAAUUAAAUGUACAAUCUAAGUGCAGCAGCGAACAGUAUCUGUGAUGCUUUAAAAUCUACCUUUUAAGGAUCCUAAUAAAAAGGGAAAUCCUAAUUUAGAAUCUCUGAAAGUUAAGUUCAUUUUGAUUCCAGAUACUUACAUUGAAGGUGUGGUUGGAUAAAGAAUACAACUUAAGGUGUAUGAAGCUGAUCUUUGUAUACGAUUCCCAAACGUUAGGUAUUUGUCCAAAGGAGACCCAUAUGUCACAUUCUUUUUAACUGAAGAUAUGGAGAGGAAUUACAAUUGGAAAAUUAAGAAGAGAUUAUCAAACAUUCAAUUAGUGAACGACAAAUUUGAUUUAGAGAAUAAAAGCUACUGUUAAAAAUUAUAAUUCAAUAAACUUGAUUUAUUCAAAAACUAGGUCUCUAGAUUAACAUUAUUUAUAAUAUUUUAUACUUCAGUUUACUUUCCAAUUUUUUCCACUUAAAACAUAUUUUUCUCUAAUAUUUUUAAUCUGAUUUAUCAUUUAAUUUAAUAAAUUAUGUAAGAAUUAGGAGAUAUCGAAAAUUAACCUCAUAAAAAGGUCAAAACGAAUGAAACACCACUUGAGUUUACAGUAUUAGCAACCCACAAUUUCGCCAGGGCUUCAAUUAUGAGACUUCCUCAUGGAGAAGUGCUUACCCCAGUGUAUAUGCCUGUAGGAACAAAAGGAGCAAUGAAGGGAGUGACCUAUUCUGAGAUGGACGACUUGGGAUGCAAAUUACUGUUAGCAAAUACUUAUCAUUUGGCAUAUAAGCCUGGAGGUAAUUUAUUGGAGAAGGUUGGAGGAUUGCACAAUUUUGUUAAUUGGAAGCAUAACAUUUUAACAGAUAGUGGUGGAUUUUAGAUGGUUUCAUUGUCUCAACUCAGUGAAGUCACUGAAGAAGGAGUCACCUUUGAAUCACCAUAUGAUAAAUCAACAAUGCAUUUAAGACCAGAAGAUUCAAUCCACACAUAAAAUUAAAUAGGAGCAGAUAUAAUUAUGGCUUUGGAUGAUGUUGUUAGAACUACAACUGUUGGUCCUCGUAUGCAAGAGGCAAGUGAAAGAACAACCAGAUGGUUGGAUAGAGACAUUGCAGCUCAUAAAAGAAAGCAUGACUAAAACUUGUUUCCUAUUGUAUAAGGAGGUAUAGAUCCAAAAUUAAGGGAGCAGUCAUUGAAUGAUUUAAUUUAGAGGGAAGCCAAUGGAUAUGCAAUUGGAGGAUUGGCAGGAGGAGAAGAUAAAGUUGACUUUUGGAAAACGGUGGCGUAAUGCACAGCUACAUUGCCUGUGAAUAAGCCUCGCUAUUUGAUGGGUGUUGGAUAUCCAGUCGACGUUGUGGUUUGUUCAUGCUUAGGUGUUGAUAUGUUUGAUUGUGUUUUUUCUACUAGAACAGCUAGAUUUGGUACUGCGUUUACAGAUAAUGGAUUUCUCAAACUAAAAAACAAAGAAGCAGCAAAUGUGUUUGAACCAAUUUAGAAGGGGUGUUAAUGCUAAGCCUGCAAAUCUUAUACCUAAUCAUAUAUACAUUAUCUGAUUGCAAGGGAAGAGGUUGCUUGUCAUCUCAUUUCUGUUCAUAAUCUAAACUAUUUAAUACAAUUGAUGCUCAAUUUGCGUCAAUCCAUAAUUGAUGGCAAAUUAAUUGAGUUUAUCAAUGAAUUUCUUAAGAAAUGGUUUAAAAAUGAAGGAUAAAUACCCGUAUGGAUUAUUGAGGCUUUAGAGUAUGCGAAAAUCCCAGUUGAAUAGCUUUGAGUUUAAAUUAUUGAUCAUCAAUAUUUCUUAAUUUUAACCAAGUAAUA